CCACGAUUUCACCGGAUAAUCCGUCGUCGACGUUCUUGUCGCCCACGACGCUGCGCACGACACCUUUUUGGCUUUCAGACAACUGGAUACACGAAAUUAUGGGGAAAGCCAAGACACAAAAGCGCAAUGGUGGCGGCGCGAGCGGGCCAUACGACCGGGCCUCGAAACAGCAGGCCGCCACCGCUGCUGCCAAUGUCUUCAAGUUCAGCAAGGACUUUGGCCAGCACAUCCUGAAGAACCCCGGUAUCGCGGAGCAGAUUGUCCAGAAGUCAUUCCUCAAGCCGACCGACACCGUCCUCGAAGUCGGCCCCGGUACCGGCAACUUGACGGUCAAGAUCCUCGAGCACGCCAAGAAGGUCAUCGCCGUGGAGAUGGACCCCCGCAUGGCCGCCGAAGUGACGAAGCGUGUCCAGGGCAAGCCCGAGCAGCGCAGGCUCGAGGUCCUGCUCGGAGAUGUCAUCAAGACGACCCUCCCUCCGUUCGAUGUCUGCAUCUCCAACACACCUUACCAGAUCUCGUCGCCCCUCGUCUUCAAGCUCCUCUCGAUGCCGAACCCCCCGCGCACAUGCGUGCUCAUGUUCCAACGCGAGUUUGCGCUGCGUCUGACGGCCCGGCCCGGCGACGCCCUCUACUGCCGACUCUCCGUCAAUGCGCAGUUCUGGGCCAAGUGCACACACAUCAUGAAGGUCGGCAAGAACAACUUUCGCCCCCCGCCGCAGGUCGAGUCGUCCGUCGUGCGGAUAGAGCCCAAGAUAGGGUCGGAGAAGCCGAACAUUAGCUUUGUGGAGUGGGACGGCCUGCUGCGCGUGUGCUUCAACCGCCGCAACAAGACGCUGCGCGCGAGCUGGCUCGGCAACAAGGAGGUGCUGAGCAUGAUCGAGAAAAACUACCGGACGUGGUGUGCGACAAACGACAUCCCUAUUGACGACACCAUCGCCGAAGACGAUAAUGAGGACGAGGACAUGGAUGAGAAUGCGCCGCCCAGCGCCGGCGACGAAGGUCAGGAUUGGGUUGGUGGUGGCGGCGGCUCGAUGGAUGUGGACGACGACGACGACGAUACGCCAUCAUUCUUCAAGGAGAGCAAGGCGGCGGGUAGUGAUGUGCCCAAGACCAAGUCGAAGUACAAAAAGACCAAGGUCGCUCUGCUUGUCAAGGAGAAGGUCCGCAAGGUACUCGAGGAUGUGACGCAGCUGGCUGAUCAGCGGUCUGGAAAGUGUGAUGAGAACGACUUCCUUCGCCUACUGUUCGCCUUCAACGAGGAGGGCAUCCACUUCUCCUAGACUGCAUCAGACGGGGACCCUUGUGGUUCUGCAUUUUCUCAUCACGAACAUCAUGUAGCGGGCGUUUUCCUUUUUGGCGGAUGGUCACUUUUGACCGUCCAUUCUGAUAAUACACCUGGAUUGGAGUUGGGGGCGUUCAGAAGGCACGGAAAAGUUAGAAGGCUCACCGAGACAGAUCAUCAUGUUCAAAUCAAUUCUGACCAAUAUUCCGAAGCAAGU